CUCCUACUAAGAAAAAAAAGUUCUGGAGGAAUAAAUUUCUGGAUUGUUCAUCUUCUUCUUCUCUCUUUGUCUUCCUUUGUCGCCAGUAUCCUCGACCAACUUCCGCCAAAUUUUUCGCCAUGGGUACUGGAAAGAAGGAGGCCACCCGGCGUGAGCGCCAGGGUAAAGGUGGUGAUGGUCUCAACAAUGUCAGAACCAAAGGAGAGAACUUCUAUCGCGAUGCGAAGAAGGUCAAGCACCUUAACAUGUACAAGGAGGGCAAGGCGCAGAGAAACGCCGAGGGGAAAAUCGUCAAGGCUGCCUCUUUUCAGUCGCGCGACAUUCCUAAUGCCCGAAUCGAGCCGAAUCGCAAGUGGUUUACCAACACUCGAGUCGUCUCCCAAGACACCCUCAACGCCUUCCGCGAGGCUAUGGAUGAGAAGGCCCGGGAUCCCUACCAAGUUCUUCUCAAGUCAAACAAGCUGCCCAUGAGCCUUAUCAGAGACCUGGAUGACCUUGCUGGUGACACCGAGAAGAGUAUGGAUACCUACCGUGAGCGGCUGGAACAACAGAAGCUUCUCAGUGGCACAUCUGGUGAUCCCGAGACUCUUGGAGACUCUGACAAGCCUCUCACCAUGUCGAUUGAGCCUGUUUUCGACAAGGGUCAGAGCAAACGUAUCUGGAACGAGCUUUACAAGGUCAUCGAUUCUUCAGAUGUGGUUAUCCAUGUUCUCGAUGCUCGCGAUCCCGUCGGAACAAGAUGUCUCAGCGUUGAGAAGUAUCUCAAGGAAGAAGCCCCUCACAAGCACUUGAUCUUUGUUCUGAACAAGUGCGACUUGGUCCCUACCAGUGUAGCUGCCGGAUGGGUUCGAAGUCUCUCUAAAGAGUACCCUACUCUUGCUUUCCACGCUAGCAUCACAAACUCUUUCGGAAAGGGUUCCCUCAUUCAAUUACUUCGACAAUUUUCAUCCCUCCACUCUGAUCGGAAACAAAUCUCCGUUGGACUGAUCGGUGGACCCAACACUGGAAAGUCCUCCAUCAUCAACACUCUACUCAAGAAGAAGGUCUGCACUGUCGCUCCUAUUCCAGGAGAGACCAAGGUCUGGCAAUAUGUCAGUCUGAUGAAGCGCAUCUACUUGAUCGACUGCCCUGGUAUUGUUCCUCCCUCAAGCACCGAUUCCCCCACCGACUUGGUCCUUCGAGGUGUCGUGCGUGUGGAGAAGGUUGAGCACCCAGAACAGUAUAUUCAGCCUUUGCUGAACCGGGUCAAGCAGCAUCACAUGGAGAAGACAUACGAGCUUAAGGGAUGGACAAACUCUACAGAGUUUCUUGAGCUCCUGGCCCGCAAGGCUGGUCGUCUUCUCCGUGGAGGUGAGCCUGACUUGGAUGGUGUUGCAAAGAUGAUUCUCAAUGAUUUCAUGCGAGGCAAGAUUCCUUGGUUCACUCCUGCGCCGAAGACCGAGGGUGACGCGGACGGUAAAGUUGGAAACCGUGAAGGUAGACUCGGAGAGAUGCCUCGAAAGCGAAAGCAGGAAGAGGCAGCCGAAGAUGAAGAUGCUUCCGCCGAGGCCCAGCUUCAACGAGAGGCUGAAGCCGCUGAGAAGGCCGAGCAGGAGAGUCCUGAUGGUUCCGAUGAAGAGUCAGAGUUCGAGGGCUUCGGCAGUGACACUGAGGAAGCACGGUCAAGAAAGCCUUCGUUUGGUGCUACUGUGGAUGGUGAAGAUAGUGAUGAUGAGAGCGCCGACGAUGAUGUGAUAUCUAUAGGUGGCUCUGAAGUCGAGGAUGAAGAAAAAGAGGAAGAGGCGCCUGCACCUGCACCUCCAGCUAAGAAGAGUAAAGGAAAGAAGACAAAAGGCGGUCCUCCAAACAAGAAAAGGAGGACAUGAUCGACCUGGAGUCGAUUAAGUUAUAAUAGUCUUUAUCUUCAUUCGAGGUACCUGCUUGCGCAUCCUCAACCAAAACCUUAAUGAUACCCACGUUAAUACUUGCAUACCUUGAAUUUUCCUCUUCAAGUGCCAUGACACAUCUUUCUCAAUUCAGAUAAGCGGAAUGGCUGUUGACUUUGUCUCUUAAUGCGGGUGAGUGAUGUCUUCUGUCUCUAGCUUAGGGUAACUUUAAGUGAUUGCCAUGAAUUGAUUAUAAUACCACCCAUUGAAAUGAGAACAAGUUAAGCAGUAGA